CUCGUGCGCAUGCUCGGUGACGUUUUCACGGGGCGGUGGCGGCGCUUGAGUCGCCUAUCGUGGGCGGGAGCGCGGCAACGGAGCGCGCGCUUUUUAUUUAUUUUUUUGCAGUCCGGUUCUUUCUCUGCGGAUCGUGGCCAUGAGUCUCUGGGUGGACAAGUACCGGCCGAACUCCCUCGGCAAAGUGGACUAUCACCGGGAUCAGGCAGCGCAGCUUCGCAACCUGGUGAGAGAGAUAGGGAGAGAGGGAGACAGGCGGCUGGCGCUCUGCACAUGCUCGGGUGCCCUUCGCUUUCUUAUCUCUUCACCUCUUCGGCGGCUUUUGGACGCGCUGGUCCUCGGGUAUUGGCGAGUGUUUUUGCUCUCCGCAAUAGCUUCAAACACCUCAUCCCCCUUUCUUUCCUGUUUUGUUGGGUUAUAGCAAGAGCCGGUGCUAGGCAGAGCUACCUAUUUGCACCACACUUCUUCUUAUUUCUUCAAUUUUCAAAAACAGAUGUAGGGAAAAAAAUGAAAAGCACAAAACUUGAACUGCUAAAUUUAAUUUAAAUUGCAAGACUAGGCAGCGCGACAGUAUUUGGUUAUCUUUCUCAAAUGCCAAAGAAAGUGUUUCAGUACACAAAUCCAGUGAAUCUGUACGAAACUGUGCCCCUCAAAGGUCAGUACUGCGCCCCUAUGAAGUUUGUGCCCUAGACAGCUGCCUAGUUGACCUAAUGAUAGCGCCAGCCUUGGUUCCAGCCAAAGAGCAGUCCUGGAAUUGAUUUCAGUCCUGCAGUACAUGAAGUAAUAAGAAAAAGAAAAGCAUCUGAGCAUGUGUAGUGAGCAUAUGUGCAUACCUGCUAACUGAGAAUACCCUUUAUGUGGCUGAUGCGUGAGCUCAAGUUAAGUCAGGCUCUUGGAUACAUUUGGAGGGGGCAAGCUGCGAUGACAAAAAUGCAUUGUGUAUGUCCUCAGGUGCAUUUAUUUCUCUUUGUUACCGCCUCACCUAUCCAGGUACUGAACCCUGGUUUGGAAAAGCACCGUAGCUUCUCUCCCUCAUGAUGGUGCUGAACAGCAGGUACAAAGCAAAAACUAUGGUAUUUGGGAGUACCAAAUACCAUACCGUACAAGAUUGGUUGGGGCAUGAGCUUUCAUAGACCUGAACUGCCUCCAUUGUAAGCACAAAAUAUGUCAGUUGGCAAGAAUAUUUACACAUGCAGGCAUACAUGUUUAGAGAAAAAAACUCCAGUGCAAAAUAGUAGGGCUUAAAGUCCAUGAAAUGCCAGAGAUGCAGCCUGUGACCUUUUAAUGCAAAGCUUGAAUGAUAAUCAAGUUAUCAAGUUUAGCGUUGGGCAGUAGGGCUAGAAAGACUUGUCUGCAGCCCUGGAGAGUUGCUGGCUCUCAGUAUAGACCAGGCUUCCCCAGCCUGGAGACUUCCAGUCCAGAUGUUUUGGACCACAACUCCCAUCGGUCCUAGUCAGCAUGACCCUGGUGGCUGGGGCUAUUGGAAGUUGUAAUCCAAAACAUACGGAGUGGGGAGGCUGUUGUACACAGGAUUGGAUGGGCCAGUGGUAUAUCUCAGUAUAAGGCAGCUUAUACUGUCUGUCUCUGUAUAAGGCAGUGACUGUUUGCAGCACCAGUAAUUUGUGAUAGUAUCACACUUCCAAGACAGAGAACAUGGCUACUAGGUAGUUGAACCCAGGGCAACAUAAAAUCCACUGCAAACUUAAGAAUGCUCCAAUUCCAGUGGACUUUAAGCAAUGGUAUGCCUUUGAUUAAAAAGGGACGCGGGUGGCGCUGUGGGUUAAACCACAGAGCCUAGGGCUUGCCGAUCAGAAGGUCGGCGGUUUGAAUCCCCGCGACGGGGUGAGCUCCCAUUGCUUGGUCCCUGCUCCUGCCAGCCUAGUAGUUCGAAAGCACGUCAGAAUGCAAGUAGAUAAAUAGGUACCACUCCGGCGAGAAGGUAAACGGCGUUUCCAUGCGCUGCUCUGGUUCACCAGAAGUGGCUUAGUCAUGCUGGCCACAUGACCUGGAAGCUGUAGUAUGCCAGCUCCCUCGGGCAACAAAGCGAGAUGAGCGCCACAACCUCAGAGUCAGCCAUGACUGGACCUAACGGUCAGGGGUCCCUUUACCUUUACCUAUGCCUUUGAUUGCACAAAUAAUUAUUUUUGGGUUGCAGUGUGGGAGGGGGGAUUCCACUACUUGUGUGACUUUGCAUUCAAAAAUUUCACAAAGCAAACAUCACAAUGCCAUUGUGUCUUCGUUUUGGAGUUAGGCUCUUGUGGUUUGAUUUGAGCAAAAAGCUCAAUCCUGGAACAUUUAAUUUUUUUAAAAAAUGAAUUUUUUGGGGGGUGGUGGUGGUCUUUGUGUUAUGUUUUCCCUUCAACAUUCACCAUCCAUUAGGGAUUUGGGAAUAGGACUUCUAGGUUAAAGAAUACAUAUUAGACAGGCUCAAGUACCAAAGCAAUUAACCGUUGGUGAUCUCCUCCCAGAACUUUUUCUCUCUAACUCUAGCUGCUGCUGUUCAUGUUUGGUGGCUUGUUUAUGGAAAGAUGAUUUACCCCAGGGUAAUUGUCUAUAUAUAAACUUAACUUGGUGCCACUGUAAUACAUUGCUUGUCAGACCUAAAAUGAAGUAGGAACACUUUGUGUACUCUUGACCACAAAAUAUGCAAUUGCUCUGUUGCAAAAAGUGAUUGUUUCGGGGUUAAAAUAGUUCAUCUGACACAGAUUUCAAGGGUUGGCUCCUGUGAUACAAGACAGGCCUCGUUCUGGAAUGCAGUCAACCACAGAUUAAAUGGAGGCGCAGUGGCUAAAGUAUGAAAGAUGUACGUAAACCUGGCAGAAUGAACCAGUGAAUCCCAAAAUAUUCUUUUUUGGCAUCCUAUGAUACUGGCAGUCUUGUAUGAUAGAGAGAACUCAGUUGAGUAGCUUGGGGCACUCAGGUCGUUCACAUUCUAACCCUGAUCCAUUAGGAAACUAGGAAACUACCCUGUAUGGAAUCAGAUGGUUGUUUCAUCUAGCCCAUUAUUUUCUACAAUGGCUGGUGGCAGCAACAGCUCUCCAGGACUACCUGGCUAGAGAUGUCAGAGAACUGAAACCUUUACUCUGCAGACCAUUUUGUGCCAAAAACAAAAGGGAAAAAAGUGCUCUGCAGCUGAAUUCCAGUCCUUUAGUUUGCUUCAAAAGGUGGUGUACCUUCUUUCAUUUUCCACCUGAGGCUAGAUUUUGAUCUAUUGGAGAUGCUGUGAUUGUGGAUUUCCUUUAACAGAUUACCUUUGAGGUCCUUCCAACUCUUUGAUCCUAGGGCUCAAUGUCCAAAUAAGCCGGGGGGGGGGGCAGCUACCCCCCCCCGAUCAAGUAAAACAAUAGAGAUACUUAACUAACUGACCAAUCAUGUCUGUUAUGUCCCGCCCUAACAAAAGUCCUGCCCAUCCAAACAAAAAUCCUGGCUACACCCCUGGAUAAGGGUGUCUAUGGCUUGCAACAAAAUUCUGCAUUAGUUUAUUAAAAAUUGGGUUCUCUAAGUUAUUUUCAAGUUUGCUGUAUGCCACUUUCUGACUAUUUUUAUUUUUAUUCCAUUUCUAUCCCACCUUUCCUCCAAUGAUCUCAAGGGGGCACACCUCCUUCUCUUCUUCUCUAUAUUAUCUUCACAACAACCUUGUGAGGUAGGUUAGGUCGGCUGAGAGUUGAAGACCUGCCCAAGAUUCAUGAUUGAGUGGGGAUUUGAACUCUGGUCUUCCAGGUCCUAGUUUGUUUCGGGAUGUGUUCUCAAGCCACCUGACUCCUAGAAAACCUGAUGCACCAAGGGCUUUUAUCAGACUCACGCCAUGCACGGUCACAGUUUCAUGUCCUCUUGAACUCUCUAUUUUGUGCUCAUGUCUAAAUCGAUGGCCUUCCAAAGGAAAAGACAACAUUGUGAAGGGCUGUAAAACUAGUGUGGGGAACGGUAUACUAAAAUAUGUCUCAUUCUCUGUGUUUAUGAUGCUGACUAAGCAUGAUGCUGACUGAGACAUUACUGUAAUUCAGUUUUACUGUAUUCCAUUUGACAGGUUCAGUGUGGCGACUUUCCUCAUCUGUUAGUGUAUGGGCCUUCAGGAGCUGGAAAAAAGACCAGAAUCAUGUGCCUGCUGAGAGAACUGUAUGGCUCCGGAGUGGAGAAGCUGAGGAUCGAACAUCAGAGCAUAACAGUAAGAAUCUGCCCUAACUUCAUAUUUACAAAAGGAGAUAAAGAUGUUGACUGUCAACAUAAUGCAGGAAAAGCCAGCACAUUUCAACACAUGCUAGUUUUUAAUCUCCGACCUGGAUGCAGGAGGGCAAAAGUGCAUAGACUAUAUUUGUCCCCUAGGCCUGAGGUUCCUCACUCCCUGAUGUCCAAAGGGGUACGCAGAUCAGGGCAAUCCAAUAUCUCCAGUUCUCCCCCUUUCACUCCCAACUGCUGAGCAUGUAAGCAUGUUUAGUAAAGGUAAAGGGACCCCUGACCAUUAGGUCCAGUAGUGGCCGACUCUGGGGUUGUGGCGCUCAUCUCGCUUUACAGCUUCCGGGUCAUGCGGCCAGCAUGACUAAGCCGCUUCUGGUGAACCAGAGCAGCGCACAGAAACGCCGUUUACCUUCCUGCUGGAGCAGUACCUAUUUAUCUACUUGCACUUUGACGUGCUUUGAACUGCUAGGUUGGCAGGAGCAGCUCACCCCAUCACGGGGAUUCAAACUGGCGACCUUUUGAUUGGCAAGUCCCAGGCUCCGUGGUUUAGCCCACAGUGCUACCCGUGUCCCUUAAACGACAUUUACCUUCCCGCUAUUUAUCUUCUUGCACUGAUAUGCUUUUGAACUGCUAGGUUGGCAGGAGCAGGGACCGAGCAACGGGAGCUCACCCCGUCGCAAGGAUUCGAACCGCCAGCCUUCUGAUCGGCAAGUCCUAGACUCAGUGGUUUAACCCACAGCGCCACCCGCGUCCCAUGUUUACCUGAAAGUAUUUCCCAGCUUCCUCGCAAUUGGGCACCCAGAUAAUGUGGGGGCUUGUACGUGUGUUCAGGCAAACACUCUUACAGGGCCUUUCAGACCUCCACCCUAAGUCUGCAAAGUUUGGAAGUGGAGAAGGCAUGUCUGUGGCUGUCUACACACUUUUGCCCUUUUGUGUCCAGGCUGGAAAAGGACCUACAGGCAAUUUAAGCACCAUUUCCACAGUUGGCUAAAUAACCAGUGGCUGUUUCCUCCUAUUAUGAAUUAGCACUUGAUUAGGCUGUAAACAUUCUGUGCUGGAGGAAUUCUCCCUGGCAAAUCACUGCCAAGGAUUUACCGGUACUAUUAUCUCCCUUCAGUUGUGUGAGAUUUGAAAUGAUUUAGUUGGGCACUUAGCUUACAUUUCCUGCUGUCUCAGGCUGAAGCCUGCAGUUAGUGUCAAGAAACUAGUUCGUCUUUAUUGUGGGCUUCACUGACUAAUUAUUAUUUCUUUCUCACAUGCCACCAAUAACUUGAUAAGAAGUAUUUGCAAAGUGAUGUUUUCAACAAACAAAAUGAACUCUUUGCAUAGUUAGCUGCUUGGGGAAUGAAAACAGCCCCUGGAAAAUCUAUUACUAAAGAUUUUCUUUCUAUCAAUUCAAAAAUCUUUUUUUGGGGAAAGCUUGCAUUUUAAUCAGCAAAUUGCAAAGAGAGUGGUUAGUAAUCAGCAGAGUUCUUGGAGAAGACAGAUAUUUCCAAAGCAUUGUGCAAACGGUCUCUCUUGCCAUUUUUAUUUCUUUUUAAAUUAAAUUUUCCUGCUUAAGUUAAUAAGACAUUAUGGGAACAUGUUGUGCCUGCAAACGUCUUAAUGCUGGGGAGUUUUAAGUGGAACAGUUUUAAGUAGAUAGUCUUUCAAAAUAUCAGCUUCCCUUCCUGUCAGAUGCUUUCCUAUCUGAGGGUCCUUUGGCAUCUAGCUAUGGGCGGAACUUGACAAAUGUCUUUAUCAUCAUCUUCAAAAUCCCUGCAUAUAAAGUAGUGGCACGUUAUUAAUAUAGGCACAGAAAGAGAUGUGAAGGUUAGCACUUUUAAACUAAAAUAGGGCAGAGCAGAAUGAUGCUGCAGUGUCUGUAUAGCUUCAUUUUGGAGUUUGAUCUGAACUAGAUAAGGUCUGUUUAAUCACCGUGGGUAAAAGGUAUACUUGAAAGCCUUACUGUACACAUGAAGAAUGUUUAUAGAGAAGUAGAAUGAAGUUUCUAUCAAUAUUAUUAGUUCCUAAAAUCGGAAGCGACGCAAGUCAUGAUUCAAUGUACAAGAAACUGGGAAGUUGUAAUCUUACAGAGAAGCUGGAAGGAUAAUGUAAAAUCUCUAUAGAUACCCCAAAUGACUUUGCCCAAGGACAGUUGGUCAUGGAACUGACCAGAAGGGCAAUGACCCUGGACGUAACAUAUUUUUCCAUGUAUUGGACGAGGCUUUUUCACUCAAAAAUCAUGUCAAGAAAACACGGGUCGUCCAAUACACAGAUAGUGGCGUUGGGGGGUGGGGUGGGAGAAGUGGUGUGCCGCCAGCCAGCUCGUUGGCGGGAGCGCAAAUUCCCCCGAUGCUGCUGCGUGUAGCAGGCGCUCCCUGGAUCGUUUCCCACGCGGUGGCAUCAGAGGAGGUUGUGUUCCCAGGAGCGCAACUUCCCCUGAUGCCGCUGCACGCGGGAAACGAUCUAGAGCAGCGAUUCUCAACCUGUGGGUCCCCAGAUGUUGUUGGACUAUAACUCCCAUCAUCCCUGAGCUCUGGCCAUGCUAGCUAGGGGUGAUGGGAGUUGUAGUUCAACAACAUCUGAGGACCCACAGGUUGAGAAAGGCUGAUCUAGAGAGUGUUUCCUGCCCACAGCUGUGUGUGGGGAGAGGCUCAACAACUUUGGGCCAUCUCUCCUCAUUUUCCUAAAAUUGAAUCCCCCCAAAUAGGGGGGGUCUUAUAGAAGGGGGUGUCCUACAGACGGAAAAAUACGGUAAGUCCUGCCCAGGAUCCGGUGUAAGAAGUGUUGGUGAAGCAGUUUGGAACAGUAACCAUAGUGCUAUUAAAUGAACUAUAUGAGUAAAUGAAGAAUUGCGUAGAGAACCCAACAUGGUUACAUUUGACUUCAAAAGAGAGAUCUUCCUCCAGAUGAGGGGAUUGGUAAGAAAGAAAGCUGAAAGACAAGGACAAAGGUGUCAAAUAUCCCCAAAAUGCUUGUGAGUUGCUUAAAACCACAAUAUUAGAAGCUGAACUGGAUACUGAAGAUCAUGAACUGGUGGUGACUGAUCAGGAACAAGUCCUUGAGGUCACAGAGAUAUCAACCCAAUAUACAGCAGCUGUGAAAAGAGCUGGAACGCCAUGCUAGGGAUCAUUAGGAAAGGAAGGGAAAAUAAACAAUAUCAUAAGGCUGCUAUACAAAUCUGUACAGUUCUGGUCACCUCAACUCCAAAAGGAUAUUGUAGAGUGGUAACAGGUUUUAGAAAAGGGCGAUGAAAAUGAUUCAGAGGAAGCAGCAACUUCCUUAUGAGGAGAUUUUGGGUGCUUUUUAGUUUAGAGAAAAGGCAAGCCAGAGGCAACCUGAUAGAAGUGCAUAAGAUUAUUCAUGAACCCAGCUUUGGACAACAUGACAAGUCAGUUUCAUGGCAGAGAAGGAGAAGGAACCAUGAAACCUUAGUUUUAAACUAUGAUCUAAAGCGACAUGCGAACUGGGGCACAUCCCGUCCUUUCCAAGAGGUUAGCAUGCUGCUUGAAUUUGAGAGCGUUGAACCCAGGGUGUUACCCUUUUCCUUGCAUGCCAUUCCACCUGCCGCCAUUUUCACGCUGAGUCUCUUUAUUUCGUAGUUUCCCUGGUGCGUUGCAGUCUGGGUGCCGUUAAGCCCUUCAAGUCCUUCAACUCAGCUCAUGCUAAGCAGUUAGCAGUGGGUGGUUUUUGAAGCCUGUAUUCAUAACCCACUGAUUCCAGCUUAGUCUUUCCGUCACUGAUCUCUUUAAAAUGCAUUUUUUGUUUAAUAAUCUUUCUUUUCAGGCGCCUUCUAAAAAGAAGAUUGAAAUUAGCACUAUUGCCAGCAACUAUCACCUUGAAGUUAACCCAAGGUAUGUUUGCAGUAAGCUCACAAGAUCCAGUAAGAGGCUGUGGGAAUUUUGCAAUUCUUAUAAUUUUCAGAGGAGUAAAUUUUAUAGCCCAUUGCAGCAAAAACUACCGAGGUGCUAGAAGACCCUUGUUUUAUUGUUGCAAUUUUAAAGCUAGCUCCAGCUUUACUGCUAAAGAAACCAAAGUACAGUCGUAACGUGGAUCCCAAAUGCCUUGCGAGUUGAACGUUUUGGCUCCUGAACGCUGGAAGUGAGUGUCCCGGUUUGCGAAUGUUCUUUGGAACCUGAACGUCCCACGCAGCUUCUGAUUGGCUGCAGGAGCUUCCUGCAGUCAAUCAGAAGCCAUGCCUUGGUUUCUGAACCAACGGACUUCCGGAAUGGAUUCCAUUUGACUUCUGAGGCAUGGCUGUAUAUCUUUAAGGAAUUGCUCGCAUAUGCUGCCCUCCAGCCAUCUCUGUCUGGCCCUUGGGACUCUCCCCAGCCAUGCGCUGCACCCUCCUUGAGUAUCAUAUUUUAAUCUGAACUUAUUUUCAGCGAUGCAGGAAACAGUGACCGGGUGGUAAUUCAGGAAUUACUGAAGACAUUAGCUCAAUCACAGCAACUUGAGACAAGCACCCAGCGAGAUUUUAAAGGUCUGUAAAUGAGCAAUAACCUUGAAGAAAAAUAUCUUGCAGUACUUUGCACAAGAUCAGCCAUGUGCUUUGAAUAUUGUAAAUUCUUUGUAUUCUCCAGCUCUUUUUGUCUUCUGUCACUUUUAGAGAUACAGAAUUUCCAGAAAUAUUGUAGUUCCCCAACAGAAAUGCAUGUAUUUCAGAAAUCAGGGGGGAAAUUGAAAUAUGUGCAAUACUUGUGUUCCAGAUAAUAGUAUAUAUAGCUCCAAUUUAUUUCUGUAAUUGUAAUAAUUGUCCGAAAGAUCCAUAGCUGUUGAUGUUUGAAUUUUCGCUUUGAGCUUCAUGGUAUUCAGAAAGUGGGAGGUUUGCAUGCUGUUAGAAGGCAUCUAGACUCUUCUCACCUAUUGAUUCUGCUGCGACUCUGUAUUCUCAAAAUACUCUAUGGUUCCCUUCACUUAGGAACCUAGGAAGCUGCCUUAUACCCAGUGAGAUCCUUGGUCCAUCUAGCUCCAUAUUGUCUGCACUGACUGGCAGGGGCUCUCCAGGGUUUCAGGCAGGCAGUCUUUUGCAGCCCUACUUGCAAAUGUCUCGAAGGGGACCUUCUGCAUGCAGCUGAGCCUGAUCUGGCAGAUAGAAUCAGAGGCAGAUAAUCUGUUUGCAUGAGGGCGAUAUUGCAGUAGCAAUAUGCUUGGCGGACUAACAAGCUACAUGAGAGACUCUUGGUUUUGCAACAUUUGAAACUCCCCACGCCCCUGUAGAGCAGGCAUUGGCAAACUCCGGCCCUCCAGAUGUUUGGACUACAAUUCCCAUCAUCCCUGACCACUGGUCCUGUUAGCUAGGGAUCAUGGGAAUUGUAGUCCCAAAACAUCUGGUGGGCCGGAGUUUGCCAAUGCCUGCUGUAGAGCAUCAACUCUUAAGCUUAUUGUAGCCAAAUGCAAUCUUCAGUUUACAGUGUUGAUUUUUUUAAUAGCAAUGGUAUCAUCAUUACUACCUGUAAAGGUUGGCUCUCUGGCCUCUGAAUCCAGUGAUCUGAAUUGUGUAACUAAGAACAAGCGCUUGACAUAGCUUCUUCUUUUUUCUGCCUCCCUCCCAAGUCCCUUUCCUUGUGUGUCCUGUCGUUUAGAUUGUAAGCCUGAGGGCAAGGACUCUUUAUUUCUGAUCUUUGUAAGCUGCUCUGGGAGCCUUUUCAGCUGAAGAGCUGGGUAAAAAAUGUUUUAAACAAAUACCUUUUGAACCUUGGAUAUAAAAGAUUUGCAGCAGUGUGCAUUGGCUCUGUAACAAUAUUCAUUCAUCGGCUUCAGCUGAUCAUCAGUUUUCUUUGGCUGAACUAAGCUGGCUUUUUAGUCAUUAUUCUUGGUGGGAAGUGGCAAUGUAGUGUUGCUUUUUUAUUUUUUAUUUUUUUGCAAAAGUAGCACCAGCUCAAGCCAGUUCCUGACUUGCCACACUCACUCAUACAGAACAAAAAGGAAGACAUUUCAUUGUACUGCGAUUUCAUGCAUAUGUAAAUACUUCCUAAUCACAUGGACAAGGUUGAAUACAGAGUCUCUGUCUCUCUCUGCCCCCCCCCCCCCCGCUAUGUAGUAGCUUCCUUCCUGGUAAAGUGCUUCUCUCAAGGGAAAGACCCAUGUGAACAUAGGAAGCUGCCAUAUAAGCAAGUCAUACAUAUUGUUGGACUACAACUCCCAUCAGCCCCAGCCAGCAUGGCUAAGUGGUCACAGAUGAUGGGAGCUGUUGUCCAACAACACUUGGAGAAUACCAGGACGGUCUGCACCGACUUGCAGUCGUUCUCCAGGGUUUUAAACAGGAUCCUUUCUUAGCCUUACCUGGAGAUGCUGGAAAUAGUAAGCGGAAGAUCCUGGGUUCAAAGCAAGGUCAGAGGCAUCCCAGUUGCAAGAACCCCUCUUCCGUGCUGUCGUGGCUAAGCCAGCCAUUCCCUGGCUGUUUCAGGCGAUGUGCCUUUCCCAGACAUAUGGCUAGAAUAUUUACACAAACUGCCAUCAGCACAGGAUUGCACCGUGGGGAAGCACCUCCCGGGAACUUCAGUGGAAGAGGCACAAGUGGGAAGGUUUUCUCUAAUCCUGCCCCAUCGUAUCAGCAGAAGCGAAAAGCCAAGUUAAGAUAUACUCUGUGAGAGCAUGAUAAAGGUUGGCUUUGUUUUGUUUUGUUUUUCAGUGGUGCUGUUGACUGAAGUGGACAAGCUUACAAAAGAUGCCCAGCAUGCGUUGCGCCGAACCAUGGAGAAGUAUAUGGCUACCUGCAGAUUAAUUCUGUGCUGCAAUUCUACAUCGAAAGUCAUUGCACCUAUCCGGAGCAGGUGUCUUGCAGUGCGAGUGCCUGCGCCCAGCAUUGAAGAUGUAGGUUCAAGGCAGGGGCAGACAGACAGCCCUUCAGUGCACUUGCAUUUUACUCUGUGUAAUGUUGGAUGCAACAAGUUUAAAUACCUGAUUUGGGAUCCUUGUUCUUUGUUUUCCCCUGACUCUGUCUGCCUAGUUAAUCCUGUGUCUGUGUGCAUGGAACACUUCCGAAUUAGGUUCCCCUUUACAGUACUUUGCAUGACUGCAGUUUUUUUCAAAAAUGCGGGUUGUAAUUUUUAUUUGUUUAGCGAGGAUUGGAAUGGGGCGGAAGUGUCUGUGGACUAAGAAAUAGCUGGACACCUAAUGGUAGGUAAUAAGUCAUGGGAGGGAGAUAAAGAACUGUUGGAGGUCUUUGAAACUCUGCCACCAAUGACAACCAUAUGUCAGGAGUGCUCUGAUGGUGUUUCCUGCUUGCCAGGGGGUUGGACUCGAUGGCCCUUGUGGUCUCUUCCAACUCUAUGAUUCUAUGAUUCAAUGCUUAGUUCCAAACAUUAUCUAGUCCACACUUCUCCAAGCAUUUCUCUGAAACUAGAAAAUACCACUUAGAAUUUGUUAAAUAGUUGCUGAAGGCACUAUAUCAACAUAGCUGUGUAUUUUUUACAACCAUGUGAGGGAGGCUAGUAGUGUGUCUGUCUCGCUGCUACUGUAAAGAAUACAGGGAGCAACUGCUGAUGUGGUUUGUCCCUGGCUCAAGGAGCAGCAGGAAGGAAUUUAUUCCUUCAUGGAGGAAUGCGCGUGGGAAGACAUCACAUUGCUCUUACCUGGUACCCAGGAGGGCUGGCAAAUGGGGCUUGUGGCAAGGAAGAGGUGACUCAGAAGGUGGGUGCAGGUCACCUGCAAGCAUUAUUUGUAAAACUGGCUCCUUUGUGACUUCACAUAUCCUUUUAUAAUAAAGGGACUUCCCCCAUAGCUGGCUGCUGCAGCAAUUUUGACUAGAGUGGAGAUACUUGGAAUUUUUGGAAAGCGAGGUACCAUGCAAAACUGUUAAUUGCCCUGUUGAAUCUCUAGAUCUGCAACGUAUUGUCCAUUGUGUGUAAGAAGGAGGGUCUGGUUCUUCCUCGAGAACUCGCUCAGAGGAUUGCAGAAAAGUCCGGCCGAAAUCUCCGAAAGGCCCUUCUGAUGUGUGAGGCAUGCAGGGUGCAACAGUAAGUCCAGAAGAAUGGGUGAAUACAGGAGGGAGUUUUGGUUACAAAAGGGCUGUUUGUUUGUUUUGUAUUUAAGCAAGUCAUCGCUGUUUGUUGCACAGGUAUCCUUUCACUCCAGACCAAGACAUUUCCGAGACGGACUGGGAGGUGUAUCUGAGAGAGACGGCAAACGCCAUUGUUGGUCAGCAGACCCCGCAGAGGUAGGUCAGUGUGGUGGGGGACAGUGCCUAGCUGUAAAAUGGAUGGUGCUUGUAAGUUGUCCGAUAUUAAAAUGCAGCGUAGCAGCUUAAUACUGUGUGUGCUAGAAUGUCUAGACAGAGUGCAUUUCCAGGAACUUGAUAAAAACCCGGUAGGAGUUGAUUGAAGUAAAUUUCAGGCUGAUGAGGUUAGCCUUGGUCAUUAAGGUAUUACACAUGCUUUUAUAUCAGUGUGUAAAUGUUUGGAGAAAAAGAUUUCUGAAAGCGGAUAGUUAACGGCAUGCAGGAAUCCUGAAACUGCUGUACAGCCUCGCAGCAAAAGCAUGUGCAUGGUAUGAAGAUGAUCCCAGGUUCACUUCCAGUUAAAAGAAGCAGGUAGCUGGUGAUGGAAAACACUGUUCUCUUCCUGAGACCCCGGAGAACCACGGCCAAUCAGAAUACACAAAACUGGGCUUAGAUGGGCAAGUGGUCUCACCUGGUCUAAAGUGGCAACCUGUGUUCCUAAACAAAUACCGUAUUUUUCGCCCUAUAGGACGCACUUUUUCCCCUCCAAAAAUGAAGGGGAAAUGUGUGUGCGUCCUAUGGGGUGAAUGCAGGCUUUCGCUGAAGCCUGGAGAGCGAGAGGGGCCGGUGCGCACCGACCCCUCUUGCUCUCCAGGCUUCAGGAGAGCCCCACCGCCAGUCCCACAAGCUUGGGGGACAGCGGGGAGGCGGAACGCCACCAUCCCGCUGUCCCCCGACCUGGUUUGGAGGUUGGCGGCGGGGAGAAGCCAGCCCCGCAAGCUCGGGGGACAGUGGGAGAGGCGCAGCGCGCCUUUCCCGCUGCCCCCUGACCUGGUUAGAAGGCUGGCGGCGGGAGAAGCCUGCUCCUCCCCGCCGCCAGCCCCACAAGCUCGGGGGACAGCUUCCCGUCCCAGCCCCGCGCCUGGGGGGGAAAUAAAUUUUUUUCUUUAUUUCCCCCCAAAAAAACUAGGUGCGUCCUAUGGGCCGGUGCGCCUUAUGGGGCGAAAAAUACGGUAAAUCUGUUGCAGGCAGUAACAUACAGUAUUCUGCCUCCGGGGCACCUCACGCUAUGAGACAAUUAUAUAUUAAAAUCCCAGUUUCUGAUGCAGUUCCUUUACAGAAAUUCUUGUUGUUUUGGAGCAGAUCACAGUAGCUACUAGCCACGAUGGCUAUGGUCUCAGUGUUUGAAAUUAGCCAGGCGCAUUUUGCACUCGCAACCAAGCGAAGAUGCCUGGGUGACAGGAUGGUGCCUGGCAGCUCUGCCAUACGGAGGUGCUUGCUUGUAGAAUUUUAUCUUCACAAUCAGCCUGAAUUUCAGGAACCCAAUUGCUUUUUCUGUGCAGCCUGAGCAGGGGCAGGGAGCAACGUUACAGUUCAUGGUCAUAGCUUUUCUUUACCUUACCCCACCCCACUGCCCUGCUCACAGUAUAUUCCUACGUUAUGAAUGGUCCGUGUCGCCAUUAAGAAAAAGGGGUCCGAAUAGGCCAACACAUACUUCUUUAAGUUCUCAGAGCUCUUAACCCAUCUCAAGGCUGUCAUCUGAAUUAGCCAGAUGUUCACCACAGAGAAACUUCAACUGUAUUAUUUCCAAUUUCUUUGUGAGGAAAGAGUAGCAGUCAUGUACUCAGAUAGCUGGGCUUGGUGGAGUCUCGGGUUAUUUUCCAGCAAGGACGUUCCUAUGGUAUGUAGUGCGCAAAAUGACUCACUGAGAUGUCAAGUUCCCAUUAGCAGCCAUCUUUGAUAUUCUAAAAACAGCUGCAGUGAAGCAGACUGCUGUAAAACAAACUUGCUUGCUCAGUGCAAUGAAGCAUUUCCAGCUGGAUCGGAUGAGAGCAUCUUUGUUUGUUUGUGCUGUAAAACUUUUUCUUUUCAGCCAAUGAAGUGCUCUGGUGUUGGCACUCGUUCGCCGCUGCCCUCUUUACAGCUGCCAGCCAUUUGUCUAGCUUUAGAUAUAUUGCAUUGGCAGAAACAAAAUGACAUCCUGUCAUGGUGAAUUUGGAGCACUGAAUCCUUCCUUGCUGUGAACGGAUGAUACCGUUAGUCAUGUGUUCUGCUCCUGAUCUCAUUAAAACUCUUAAGAGAUACGGCGCUGUGUGAAGUGGGCCACAUUUGCACCAUACAUUUCAAGCCACUAUUUAUAUGGCUUCUUGGGAACUGUAGUUCGUUAAGGAUGCUGAGAGUUGUUAGGAGACCUCUGUUCCCCUCACAGAGCUACAGUUUCUUGAAAACCCCUGGAAAGAGGGAUUGAUUGUUAAACUGCUCUGCUGAACUCCCAGGAUUCUUUGGGAAAAGCCAUGACCUUUCAAGGGCAUAAUAGUUCUUUAAAUGUGUGGUGCAGAUAUAUGAAUGCUUUCAACACAGAUUCCCCUCUGUGUGGUCCUUUUUGAUGUGAGCUAUUUUUUACUUGUUGCUUUAGGCGUAGAAAAAGAGGUGGCUGCCUACAAUUCCAUGAUUGCCGUUCACAAUUUUUUUUUUUAAACCUGUGUGCCCUCUUACCUACCAUCUUACAGCAAGCAGCCUAAUUUUAGAACACAUCCUGCAUCUCUGGAUAAUAGCAGCUCUGUGGUUGUGAAAUAAGUGUUCGUGUUUCUUAGUGGUGGACUCCCUAUUAGCUUGGUCCCAGGCUAGCGUUUGCUGAAAUGGAGGAGCUGCCUAUAAGAGACUUAGGGACGCGGGUGGCGCUGUGGUCUAAACCACUGAGCCUUGGGCUUGCCGAUCGGAAGGUCAGCGGUUCGAAUCCCCGCAGCGGGGUGAGCUCCCAUUGCUCGGUGCCAGCUCCUGCCAACCUAGCAGUUUGAAAGCACGUCAAAGUGCAAGUAGAUAAAUAGAUACCGCUUCGGCGGGAAGGUAAACGGCGUUUCUGUGCACUGCUCUAGUUUCGCCAGAAGUGGCUUAGUCAUGCUGGCCACAUGACCCGGAAAAACUGCAGACAAAUGUCGGCUCCCUCGGCCAGUAAAGCGAGAUGAGCGUCGCAAUCCCAGCAUUAUUGCGACUGGACUUUACUGUCAGGGGUCCUUUACCUUUACCUUUUUAUAAGAGACUAUUGGGGUUGAAUGACGCAGGUGCCAGUAAAAUCCAGGGCCAGGAGGAAGUUGUUUUUAAUUUCAAGGUACCUGCCUCAUCAUUUCUUUUCAACACUCAGGAUUUUAAAAGGUGCAUAUAGAUAAAACGGCUCCCCACUGCCAGCAAGAGACAUUGACAACUGUCACGUUAACUACAGAGCUGCUGCCAACUGUUGUGGCUUGUAGAUGGUUUCCUGUAAUUUCAAGCAUCCCAACAAGCAUUUUGAGACUUCCUUGUGUUGGACCAUGACAUGCUAGAGAAGUUUGUCGCUGUUGUAAGCCUUGUUUAGAAAUUGCAGAGCACUGACUAUGCUGCUGUUAACAAGCUGUUCCACUUGGAAAACGCGGCUCAGGAGAAUAGUGUUGCAGGAUUGCUUGCUAGCUUUGGCAGUUGGCCAGCUUUAGGCUUUCAGAUUCAGGCGAUUAUUCAGGGUGAUCAAAACAAUUAUACCAGGUAUCUCAAAAUUAGGUAAGCUCAAAAUUUCUCUUAUAGUGUCCUCCAAACGUAAGAGGAAAAACUUGCUUUGCUACUGGAAAUGUUGGCAUACUUAAUUAAAUCACUUGGCGUUCCAGUGAACUGGCAUACGAAGCAUAAUACAAAUAAUAUAUUUCUUUCAAAUAUAUUAAAUAUCUUUCAAAUAUCUUUUUCUACAAGGCUGCCUUUCACCAGGCAACCUAAAAUUGCCUUUGUGUCUCCACAAGAACACUUCAGGGUAGUGUGGAACCUGGCAUGUUAGGCAUGGGGUUAUAUUAACAAACGCCACCACAUUAGUGCUUUUAAAUAAAUGAAACCAAGUUAAAAGUUGAGUAAAAAGAUGAAGGCAGUUCUUAGGGAAAAAAUUAAGCACAAGGGAAGUUAACAUGCACAGAAAAGCAUUCCACCCAAUGGAGCAAAAAGUGUAUAUUAAAUAUAGUCCAGCUCUCCCUGCCUAGACAUAGUCCCUUAACACUAUUGACUGAUGUCCAGUUUCUCAAAUUUUAAAAGCUCCAGUUCCUUUGUCUGCUGAGAUCAUGCCUUUAUCUGCUCCUGCAUUCUUCUGAGUCUCUAAAUAUACCCCCUGGCUACAUGACUCUUAUGCUUCCCGAGCCAGAAAAACUCAAAGAGCACGAAGGUCUUCUCUUCAUUCCCAACUACAGAGAUGUUCGCCUCAUCUGCAGGCUUAACAAGUUUAACCCCACAAUGCUACAUGCAGUAUUCGUAUAUAUUUUUUACAAAUAAACAGCGUUUCCGUGUGCUCUGGCACUCGUCACUGGUGCAGUGAAAAGGAGCCUUGGAAUCCAGCAGAGCCAAGGCUUCCUCUGCCAGACACCCAGAACACCCUUCUUCAGGGCCUACAGCUGGUAGAUCUAUGCCCACAGAGCUUUAAGUGGGCAUAGUCCGUUGUCCCUCACCAACAAAGUUUUUCUUUGCCAGUAGAAAUGCACCCCGAUCCAUCCCUAACCCCGUCCAGCCUGGAGUUCUUGGGGCUAUGUGCACCCAUGAUUUAAAAAGCAAAAACAAAUUGAGCUUGAAUGUUUUGAGAACUAAAUUUUCUGACUUGGUAAUUUGACUGAGAUUGUCAUAGCUGAAUGAAUAUAUAUAUGAAUGAAUGAAUGAAUGAAUGAAUGAAUGAAAAAGACUUAAAAGCCAGUUGCUAAACCUUAAAACUUUGCAUUACAGUGAGUUAAAACCAAGCAUUAGCUUUCCAAUGAUUUUAUUCCAACAGGCUCCUGGAAGUUCGUGGGCGACUCUAUGAACUCUUAACCCAUUGCAUUCCUCCAGAGAUUAUAAUAAAGGUAACUGAUGUUGUGAUUAUUAAUUGGUUUAGUAACAGAGACUGGGAUUAAAUGGAAGCUUGGGAUGCACAUGUUAAUCAUUUUUAUUUUUCACCGUUCAUGGUGCAGCCUGGAUAGCUCAGUUGGUUAAGAGCGUGGUGCUGAUGACACCAAGGUUGCAAGUUUGAUCCCUUCAUAUUCCUGCAUUGCAAGGGGUUGGACUAGAUGAUCAUCAGGGUCUCUUCCAACUCUACAGUUCUCUGAUUCAAUGAUAGUGCUCUGCAUCUUGUAAUUCCAUUCCUAAUUCCUGGGGCAUCUGGGACCAGGUAUAUAUUGCAUAUCUCUGUAAAUGUGAUAAUAAUAGUUCUGUUAUUUGUAUGACAAUGUCCCCCCUCCUACCAAAUCGGAGAUUAUCAUUUGAAUGGCUUGAUUCUCACAGGGUAACUUUCUGGAUUGUUGAGUGCCCAUGGUACCCAUAACAUUCUAGGGAGUAGAGCCUUCAAUUCUCUCACUGUUGGCUAUUGCUCAUUUUAGGGCCUUCUGACUGAACUUCUGAACAACUGUGAUGGACAACUGAAAGGAGAGGUUGCACAGAUGGCAGCUUUCUAUGAGCACCGGCUGCAGCUGGGCAGCAAGGCCAUUUAUCACCUGGAAGCAUUUGUGGCUAAGUUUAUGGCCAUCUAUAAGAAGUUUAUGGAAGACGGACUAGAAGCCAUGAUGUUCUGAUAUGUUGCUUUGAGAGCCCUCAUGUUUUUUGGGAUGCUGACAAGUUCUGUCGAGAAAGCUGUACAAACCACAGGUCACCGGUACAUUUCUGUGUUGGACAAUAAAAUACUAAGUGCUGAAUUUGAGGUGUUCUGAAAUGGUUCCAUGUGGCCUUUUAUGUCCAAACUGUUUUAGGAAACAAGAAGUCACAUACUUGACAGCAGGGAAGUGCCAGGAUCCCAGAAUGCUUUUGCCUCAAGAGAUAGUCCUAAUUACAGUGGUACCUCAGGUUACAUACGCUUCAGGUUACAGACUCCGCUAACCCAGAAAUAGUACCUCAGGUUAAGAACAGUUUCAGGUUAAGAAUGGACCUCCGGAACGAAUUAAGUACUUAACCUGAGGUACCACUGUACUUUGGGUCUGGAACAUGAUUGUGAGCCUUAAUCUUGGGAAUUUUCAAAUGUGCCAUCUUGAAUAGGUUUCAUGAUGGUGGGAGAUGGAGAAAUCUGUUGCAGCUUUAAGACUCCGUCUGCACUAUGCAUUUGAAGCUGUAUCAUACCACUUUAAACGGCCAUGGCUUCCCCCAAAGAAUCAUGGGAAGUGUUAAGGGUGCUGAGAGGAGUGUGAGGAGACACCAGUUCUCCUCACAGCUACAAUUCUCAGAGUGGGCUAACAAUCAACUCCUUUUCCUAGGGAACCCUGGAAACUAGCUUUGAGGGGAACAGGCAUCUCCUCUAACAACUCUCAACACCCUUAACAAACUACAUUUUAAACGAUUCUUUGGCAGAAGUUAUGACUGUUGAAAGUGGUACGAUACUGCUUUAAGUGCAUAGUGCAGAUGGGGCCUUGCAGCCGUAGCUUAAGAAUAUUUACCUAGAAGUAAUGAACUGAGUUCAGUGGCACUGAGUUCAGUUGGCCAGUCAUGAUGGGAGUUGUAGUCAGACAACAUCUAGUAGGCCACAUGUUCCCCAUCUAGUAACGAUCUACAAGUGAUUGUUAAUAGUUCCGAGUUGUUUAAAUAUUUGUUCGAGCAAUAUUCUAGUACUUGAUAUUGGCUUAAGGAUCAGUAAUUAAAUAUUGUAUUCUAGUUUGGAUCCUCUCUGAUCCCUGGAAUGGAGAGGGGAAAAGCCACUGUAAUAUUAAGAUUUAUUAUAUAUGUGUGUAUAUACGCAGGUGGCGCUGUGGGUUAAACCACAGAGCCUAGGACUUGCUGAUCAGAAGGUCAGCAGUUCGAAUCCCUGCGACGGGGUGAGCUCCCGUUGCUCGGUCCCUGCUCCUGCCAACCUAGCAGUUUGAAAGCACGUCAAGUGCAAGUAGAUAAAUAGGUACCGCUCCGGCAGGGAGGUAAACGGCAUUUCCGUGCGCUGCUCUGGUUUGCCAGAAGCGGCUUAGUCAUGCUGGCCACAUGACCCGGAAGCUGUACGCCGGCUCCCUCAGCCAAUAAAGCGAGAUGAGCGCAGCAACCCCAGAAUCGUCCGCGACUGGACCUAAUGGUCAGGGGUCCCUUUACCUUUAUAUGUGUAUAUAUUCACUGAAGGCAAGGUAAACUGUUUCUAAGGAGAAGAAAAAGGGGAUUGCAGUUUGUCCACUUGGUAUGUAUUAUGCAGCCUGCUUCUAAGCAUGUUUACUCAGACAUAAGUACCACGGAGUUCAAUGGGAUUUGCUCUCGGGUGCAUUGAACUGCAGCCUUAAUUUCAUAAAGUAAUUCAAAAUGUACAAUUGAUAGAAGAUGGGUAGGAAGAAAAUACAAUACUGAGGCAAUAGGACUUACAAUGCCCUCCGAGAAAGAUUUUAUUUUAACUUCUUCUUGUUAAAUAGUUUCAUUUCUCCAAGGAUAAAUAGAAUAGACCUUGAUAACUAUCAUUUUAUCAGUAUUGUCAAGUCAGAAAUACAUUAAUUCACCAGAGUAGGUGCAGCGAAAAUGAACGUUUAAAUGGUUUCCUUCUUUAGGGAGAUACAGAGUAGGAAUGAAAACAAUUUAAGAUAAUUAAAAUUGGUGCUAACUGCCUCACUUUUCAGUGGUAAAUCAGUUUAACUGUGCAGUCUGGAAAAAGCAGCCGUAUGCACCUAACAUUAGCAUUGGGAAGCAUUAGGAUGGGUGUACAGUGUUCCAAACAAAGUCUUCUGCAGUUGAAAACUGAGCUUUUUCAACUCAAAUCUCACCUUUCUAGCCAGGUUUUGUUCAUAGUGGGAAGCUUCACUGCAUAUGGGCCUUGAUCAUCUGCUACAGGGGAUCCCAGCAGAAUGAGGUGGCAGAUCCUAAGAUAAAGAUAGUAUGAUGGAGUGUACAUAAUUUCAAGCUACAACUGGAGAAAUACAUUAAGAACAUAAGAAGAACCUGCCGGAUCAGGAUGAAGGCCCAUCUAGUGGCCAACCAGAUGCCUUUGGGAAGCCUUCAGGCAAGACCUGAACAUAAGAUCACUGCCUACCUGGGAUUCCCAGCAGAAACUGCUAAUUCCAAGGCAUAUUAUCUCUGAGAGUGGAGGUGGAAUAUAGCCAUUGUGGUUAGUCUCAUGCACGAAUUUGUCUGAUCUUUUAAGAGCAUUCUUUUUGAGGCUAAAGAUAAUUCUGCAAGUAGAAAACCCAAUGGAUUGCAGAAGGGGACGAGCUGGAGUCUUUCUCCCUCCAGGAACAAGCUUUCUCCUUAACAUUUAUUAAAUACUCUCCUCCUCUGGGCAUUCUCAAAAGGCUCGGCCCAUCUCUAGAUUCUAUCAUCGCAUUCUGCUGCUUCUUAGCAAUGGAGGUGGCACAUGGGCCUGCGCAAUCCCGGCCACAUUGCAAGAAGAAGAAGAGGAGUUUGGAUUUGAUAUCCUGCUUUAUCAUUACCCUAAGGAGUCUCAAAGUGGCUCACAAUCUCCUUUCCUUUCCUCCCCCACAACAAACACUCUGUGAGGUGAGUGAGGCUGAGAGACUUCAGAGAAGUGUGACUAGUCCAAGGUCACCCAGCAGCUGCAUGUGGAGGAGCGGGGAUGCGAACCCAGUUCACCAGACUACGAGUCUACCGCUCUUAACCACUGCACCACACUGGCUCACAGGUGAUAGGUGAUUAGUGAACAUUGCCCUAAGAAUACAGUGGUACCUCAGGUUAAGUACUUAAUUCGUUCCAGAGGUCUGUACUUAACCUGAAACUGUUCUUAACCUGAAGCACCACUUUAGCUAAUGGGGCCUCCUGCUGCCGCCGCGCUGCCGGAGCACGAUUUUUGUUCUCAUCCUGAAGCAAAGUUCUUAACCUGAAGCACUAUUUCUGGGUUAGCGGAGUCUGUAACCUGAAGCGUAUGUAACCUGAAGCUAUGUAACCCAAGGUACCACUGUAAUGCCGUGGGACAGAUUUCCUCUGCUUCACACACUGUUCCCAAUCCAGCAAGGGCGCCCUUCGGUUGGAGUCCACUUUGCAGAAGUAUUUCCCUGGCUGUAUUAGGGUGAUGAACUAUAAACAACCCAAUCUUGAGAGUGUCAGUGCCUUCCAUUAAUCUUUCAUACUUCUGCUCGAAUGCCUUGUUUAACUUGCAUAUCCUCUGAGAGUCUAUUUCUUCUUGCUAUCUCGUUGUGAAUAAGUAGGUUUGUUUGACAGUUGUUUUAAGUAGACAUUUCCUCAAAUGGCCACAAGCAGUGCAAAAAAGAGAAGCACAAAGUCAAGCCAACUCAACAAAAAAAGCCGCACUUAGUUAAAAACAGUUCAUUUUGGCACUUGCUAGAAAUAGAAAAGUCAGUUCUUGGAAAGCCCGACAUUGUAUCCUUCAUUAUGUGCCAUGCGUGCUUUUCAAAAUAUUUGGAGAAGAUAGUAUCGGGCACACAUACAAGACUGCAUUCUAAAGUUUCAGUUAGUCAUCACUAAAGAAUUAAAAUGCUAAAGUGUGUGUCCACUGAGAACGUCCACCUAAGGUGCCAAACGGCCUUUGCACUUUUGAACAUGUGCCCGGGCAGUCAGUGCAUGAUCAAUUCAAUAUAUCAAAGGCAUAGGGUUUGUUUUAGGAAACUAAAUUGAAAAAAGAAAAACAGAUGAGGCCUUUGUUAAUCUAUGGCCUAGAUCUAAUGGCCUUGGCCCAGUAUACCUGAAGGAGCGUCUCCACCCCUAUCAUUCAACCCGGACACUGAGGUUCAGCUCCGAAAACCUUCUGGUGGUUCCCUCACUGUGAGACGUGAGGUUACAGGGAACCAGGCAGAGGGCCUUCUCGGUAGUGGCGCCCGGCCUCCUAUCAGAUGUCAAAGAAAUAAACACCUAUCUGACAUUUAGAAGACACCUUUUAGAAGGCAGCCCUGUUUAGGGAAGUUUUUAAUGACUGGUGUUUUAAUGUAUUUUUAAUCUUUUGUUGGAAGCUGCCCAGAGUGGCUGGGAAAACCCAGCCAGAUGGACGGGGUAUAAAUAAAUUAUUAUUAUUAUUAUGGACUCAAUGGCUCUUUAUUUGGAGCUUUUGCAUCCUGCUCUUCAGCUGACAAUCCUGACGAAGUGGCUUAGAUGCAACCAAUUAAACUAGCCCUGCUCCCAGGCUCACAAUCUAAAUAGGGCUUCCUCAACCUCGGCCCUCCAGAUGUUUUGAGACUACAAUUCCCAUCACCCCUGACCACUGGUCCUGCUAGCUAGGGAUCAUGGGAGUUGUAGGCCAAAAACGUCUGGAGGUCCGAGGUUGAGGAAGCCUGAUCUAAAUGGACUUGAAGUUGUUUUUAAACAUACACUUUUAUUGUUGGUGUUUUUUAUUGUUGGAUCACGACGAGAUGUUUUACAACAAGCAAUUCAUAAAUGUAAUAAAUAAAACAAUCGUAAUCAUAUUAUUUAACAAAUCACAGUUAAUGAAAGGUUGUGCUGAUCAGGUGCCUCCAUAUUGUGCCCUUCAGAUGUGCGAUUCAGUUUCAUUUCAAUAUAAAAUGGUGUGUUUUUUUAAAACAGCAACAGCGUGAAGCUGCCUUAGACCGAGUCAGUCCUGCCUAUCCCCAAUACAGUGGUACCUCGGGUUAAGUACUUAAUUCGUUCCGGAGGUCCAUUCUUAACCUGAAACUGUUCUUAACCUGAAGCACCACUUUAGCUAAUGGGGCCUCCUGCUUCCGCCGCUCCGCCGGAGCACGAUUUCUGUUCUCAUCCUGAAGCAAAGUUCUUAACCCAAGGUACUAUUUCUGGGUUAGCGGAGUCUGUAACCUGAAGCGUCUGUAACCUGAAGCGUAUGUAACCUGAAGUACCACUGUACUAUGGAUGGAUGUGGCAGCCAGACGCAUCUGGCAGAGGUCAUUCCCAGUCUUGCCUCCUGAACUUUUCACAGGAGAGGCCAGGGAUUGGACGUAGGACCUUUUGCAUGCAGAGAGAAAAAGGAAGAGCAGCCUAAUUAUGAGUAGGAAGGCAUUAUCAUUUUCGUCCCAGAAUAAGAAAUUCAAGAUUAUUGCAGCUCAUUGAUACAAAGUAAUGGGUAUAAUUCAUCUUGCUGGGUAAUGUAUUCCUAUAUAUGUCCAGACAACCCUUAAUACUUCGUUUUUAGACCCUGCUAGCAAUUAGCACUGCGCAAAACUAUGGCCACAGUUUUCAAUCAGUGACCUAUAAAACCAAGUGCAGCUCACUAAAUAAAAGCUAUGCAAGAUGACAAUGAAAUGUGCUCAGGGUUCCGCAGAGUCUGAGCAUCUCACCCUGGAUCUCUAAAUGUUUUUAAUGAGCGUUAAGGGUGGAAUCAUGCAAGCGCACAACAAAAGAAGUCAUAUGGAACAUGCCAAACAGGAGAAGCCAUCAGCACUCUGUAUUUAAAACAUUUACCCAGUCACAGAUUUUAGGUUGGUCAUGCAUCUCUAAAAAUAAUCAGGACAGGCUUUUCUGUCCUGUCAGUUUAAUUGGAAAGAUUUUGUCUCCAAAUUAGCUGGGUCACUUGGGGCCAAUAUACUUCUAAGCAUUCUGGCUGCUUUCCAUGGUAGAAGAAUUACUCUGUUAGCUAUCAUACUAUACAUAGUUUUAUCAGUGGGUUUGGGGUUUUGUUUUAGUUGUUGGUGGUCUGUUAAUGUUGAGCUCCUAAAAAGUGUGUUUCCUUCCCUUCCCAGAGUUCAAUGUGCAGCUAUGUUUUAACGCUUGCGGUAACUAUGAAGGUACAUAGGUUCAGCAUUUCAGUGCAACAUAUUAUUUCCUUUUGCUGUUUUCAUGCAAUGUUGGGCUAUACAGGAUGGCAACAAGUAUUCAUUCAUAAUAAUAAUAUUUUUAUUAUUUAUAUGACGUCCAUCUGACUGGGUUGCCCCAUCUGCUCUGGGUGGCUCCCAACAAAAUAUUAAAAACACAAUAAAACUUCAACCAUCAAAAACUUCCCUGAACAGGAUUGCCUUCAAAUGUAAAAUACAGUCAUACCUUGGGUUACAGCCGCUUCAGGUUGCGUUUUUUUGGGUUACGGACCGCCGAAACCCGGAAGUACCGGAACAGGUUGUUAAAACGGGUUUCGGCAGUCAUGCAUGUGCAGAAGUGCUAAAUUGCGCUUUGCGCAUGCUGUGGGUUGCGAACGUGCAUCCCACACGGAUCACGUUCGCAACCCGAGCGUCCACUGUAGUUAUUUAUCUGUUUGACAUCUGAUGGGAGGGCGUUCCACAGGACAGGUGCCACCACCGAGAAGGCUUUGUCUAAAACCCUUCCAUUGGAAGAAAUUUAAAGUUUAUUUACAGAAACAUUGUAAAAUUAAGGAAUGUUAGAAGGAUGUUGGAAUGAAGUAAUGUGGUUUUAGCAGAAAUGCUAUAAAGGAUUAAGAAAAAACAGAUUGUUAAAUGGUGAAAGGAGGGAAAGUAAAGUUACAUUAUAUUAAGAUAAAAUAUAGGACAAAAACUGGAAAAGAUGGAAAGGACUUGCUGAAAUAGCUAACUGAACUAGAAUACAAAAAAGGGAGGUGUGAGGAGGUCAAGGAAACAAGCAAAUGAAAGAUAAGUUAUGGGAAGGUUCAUUGUAUUUUUUUUUCCUAACUGUUUUUAUUUUUCUAGUUUUUUUUCCUUAUUGUGAUGUGAUGUUUUGUUUUUGCUUAAUAUGCUGUUUUCUAUUUUUUCUUUUUGUAACCUUUUAAAUCUUAAUAAAUAUUAUUU